GGUCAUCGCUCGUGCCGACACGUUUAGAGACCUGGCCACGCUUUUGGUUAAAGGGGGCCGCCAUGGGUACCUACGCUUCUCCAACUGUGUUCUACGCUGCCACUGCGAACCGCUCUCGCACGCACCAACUACGACGCUAACGAACGACUGACGACUGACGACCUCGACUACGACUACGACGACUCUGCAACUCGCCACUGUACGCUCCACACGUCAGCAAACCAACGACCACGACGACAACGACGACAUUCUAAACUGCUGCUCUAAUCGACGUCAGCAGUAGCGUGAACACUUGCGUCCGUAAACCACAGGCCCUCCGGCGUAACGCUCGGCCACCUGAGACGGCCACGACCACGACCACCGACGACCACGGCCAACGCCCCGCCAAGGCCAUUCCACCCAGCUAGACAACACGUCGCGUUUGCCUCUUCUCUUCUCUGCCCGCUGCUGUCGCCCGCGCUCCAACACGUCAGAGUCGCCGAUAAUUUGCCGAAAAGUCGCCGCAAGCUUGCCGAACGACGACCUUGUCCGGAACUAACUUUCCCGAGAGAUUACCGAGCUCCCCGAAAAUUUCUUCCUCUGUAGUCCGGAGUUUCUCCGCGGAUCUUCGCCCACACGCCAUAAAUCACGCGCCGCGCACACCCCGCGUGCUCCGCACAUACCCCGCACACGUCUUAUUUCUCUCUGCACGUAUAUCGCUGACCGCGACGUACCUGCUGCUCUUUCCCUGCCUCCAUCCCCUUCUCUUUCGUCGUUCCCACUGGCUCGCUCAGCCCCAUUCCCCCUGUCUCCCCGCAUAGCGCCCCCCUCGCCCCCGCGCUUCUCCCCGCUACCCCACACUCUAUCCAACACCCCUGCAUUGCAUUCUCUUUUCUAUUGUCCGCCGCAGCCUCCGCCGCUGUCGACUGCACUGACCAGCAUGCCCCUCUCUCCCUCCCCAGCCUCCACCACGGCUCGAGAUGACGUCACUUCAGCAUCUGUUCCUGCAGACGAGACAGGUCUGGCGCAGACGCGGCAGCCGCCGCCCUUUCUCACCCCGCCGAUGCAGGCGUAUCCCGCGUCUGCGGGCGGAGCAGCGUCCAGCGGCGCCGGCGCGGCCAGCUACGUUGCGUCGGCCGCCCCGCCCAUGCAGCACGCCUACUACCGGACGUCUGCAGACGCCGCCUACGCAGCGGCGGCGGCCGCCGCUGCUGCUGCGCGAAACGACCACAUGCACUACCCCGCAUCGCUCCCGUCGGGCCCCGCUUUCUUAAACAACUCUAUGCUUCUGGGCGACAUCUCCGCACUGACCCCGCCCCCGCCCUCCAUCGACUGCACGCGGUCAGGGGCAGGCGGCGUCUGGUCGCCCUACCCCACAGCGAACACAUGCGCCGGCCUGCCCCAGCAGGCCGCACCGGUGUCGCUGCUGGCUCCAGCAACACAAACGCAGCCGCCGAACCCGGCGGCCGCCGGAAACCCCGGCGCCGUAGGGGCAGCCGCUCCUGCGUCCGCCGCUGCAGUCCCUCCUCCCUCCAUGAUGGCCGCGCCGGCAGCCGUUGCAGCUCCCACGGGACCCACACGCUCCGGCAGCACGCCUGCGUCCUCGCCGCAGCCGAUGCGGCCUCGCAGUCGCCGGCGGCGCCGAAAGUACAACGAGAUUGAGCGCAUCUACGUGUGCGGCUACGAGGGCUGCACCAAGGCCUACGGCACGCUGAACCAUCUCAACGCGCAUGUUCUCGACCACAACCACGGGCCCCGGCGCACGCCCGAAGAGUUCAGCGAAAUUCGCGCCGCCUGGCGCGAGAGAAAACGCCGCCAGGAGCGCGAGGCCAUGGCCCAGCUCGCCCUCCAGCAGGAGCAGGAGGCCUCCAGGGCCGCCGCACAGCUGACGCCCGUCUUCCUCGAGGCGCCCACCUACUACGACAUGCUCCGGCACCCGUCGCUCAGACAGCCCCCGCCGGCCCCUUCGCUCCUCCUCCCCACAUGCUUAUGCCCCCACACGCCCCCGCCGUCAUGAACGCGUACUCCCAAGUCCCUCUCGCCGCCGUCCCGCCCCCGCCCCAUCCCCUCUAUCCUUAUUCGCACGUGACUCCGGGGUACGAGUGCCCCGCCGCGGCGGCCGCGGCGGCCGCCUCAGCAUACCCAGACGGCGCCCUUUGGGGCGGUGCCUAUGCGAACUACGCAGGCGCCAAUUACUACAAGGAAGGCUCGUCGGCGGGCAGCCGUGCCCCGCGCACGCUCGGCGACGGCGGCCCGGCCGACAAUUUCGGUCUGUCCAACACGUGAGUGCGGCGGCGGAUCGUCGCGAUACCCCGCAGGGCAGCGGCCAGGCACGUGUCCCCCGCAUCGCCUGUGAUUCUCAUCUCGCUGCCGACAUAAGUCGCACAUCUUUUUCUGGCACAUAAACAUACACACAUACACGCACAUAAGCACACUUUUUGCAUGCAUCUCAAGCGCGCGCCUAGACGCGAGUGAGUCUUGCUCGCGUCCACGACGGGCACAACGCACACAUCUGUCACGUACGAAUUUUGCUUCCCGCUGGGCAUAGAACGAGCGACCCUUCUUUUUUGUUUUGGUUUUUUCCCUUCUUAGAGCGCACCUGCGCGCGCAAUAAUUUUUGCGAACGUGACACAGCACAGUAAUAACGAUUCA